GACGUAAACAAAGCGGAAGUACUGAAAUAUAACCUCGCUAAUUUUUUUUAGCUGUGCGGAGGCGAAUUGAAGGAGCUCUUCUUUACCAAACUCACUAUUUGUCGUCAAUGCGACGCCGAAUCAUGGACAGAUAGUGUUUGUUUAACUGGAUCUGUGGUUGUGGUCCCUGUAGAAAGAUAAUUCAUCACAUCUGUGCCCAACUUGGACUGCCACUCAGGACCACUACAGGCACAGACGGGACACUACGGUUUUGCCCCUUGUGAGACUCCAGAGUUCCUCCACUUUUCCAGUGGCCACCAACAUGGCUAACAGCACGACAACAGUAGUAAAGGGUCUUCCUCCGGGCCCUGCAGGCAGAAGUAGUCCAGAAGGGUCUCAGGUGCUCAGUAAGAAGAAGCUGCAGGACCUGGUGAGAGAGAUUGAUCCAAAUGAACAGCUGGAUGAGGAUGUUGAGGAGAUGCUGCUACAAAUUGCAGAUGACUUCAUAGAAAGCGUAGUGACAGCUGCCUGCCAACUUGCACGCCACCGCAAGUCCAAUACCUUGGAGGUGAAGGAUGUCCAGUUACAUCUAGAGCGCCAGUGGAACAUGUGGAUUCCUGGUUAUGGCUCAGACGAGAUCCGGCCAUUCAAGAAGGCCUGCACCACAGAGGCUCACAAACAGAGAAUGGCACUGAUCCGUAAGACAACCAAAAAGUAGCAAGAUUAACUAAUACCCACUCUGUGUAAAUUUUUUUUUUUUUCCUUGUCAACUGGGGUUUUUUUUGUUUGUUUUUUCGACUAUUGAAGAAGAAAGAGAUGUUUUCAGUUUUUCUUUAUGACAUUAGAUAGUGUUUUAUUGUCAUGUCUCCCUAACUUUUGAGUGUUUUGCCAGAAUCACUGCAUAAUAAUGGUAUUUGUAUGUCUGAUUCUGUUUUGUUGCCAUUAAAGUAAGCCCGGCAGAACUCCAUUGCAUUUUUGUCAAUAAACAUUUACCGGAAUAA